AUGCCAUCUCAGAAGAUACUCAUUUGUGGUGCAGGGGUAGCCGGAUCCAUAGUGGCCUACUGGCUGGCAAAACAUGACUUCCAAGUAGUCGUCAUCGAACGCUCAAAGGCAGCUCAGAAAGCUGGUCAGGGGAUCGAGAUCGAAGAACCCGCAUUGCAAGUCGUAAAAUUGAUGGCCAUCCUUGAUGAGCUCAACGAGCGAAGAACAAAAGAACAAGGCUUCCAACUCGUCGACGCCCAAGGUCGUUCCCACGGCAUCCUAGACGUAGGCGGCGUCAGCCCCACGGGCGCACUCGAAAUCAUGCGCGGCGACCUAACACAAACUCUCUCCUCAGCCGCCGAGAAAUUCCCCAACGUCACCUACCGCUACGAGACCACAAUCUCCAGCCUCACCCAAACACCAGACCGCACCACCGUGCACCUUACGAACCGAGCCACCAACCCCCCCACCACCACCGAAGAAUCAUUCUCCCUCGUCAUAGGCGCAGACGGCGUGAACUCCACCACCCGCACCCUCGCCAUGGGCUCCCCGCAACACCUGCGCUGCUUCCACCCCGUCAGCGCCUACGUAGCAUACUUCUCCAUCCCAAGCGCGGCACACGACUGGCCGCGCUCGCAACUCUGCCACUUCCCCAGGCGGCGGAUAAUCUGGAAACGGCCGGUGGGACCAACGUCGCCCACGACAUCCAUCUACAUCAUCCACCCCACCACUGCCCCGAACGCGAGCUUGUCGGCAGCGAACGCGUCCGGGGAUCGCGAGAAGCAGAAACGCGCCUUUGCGGACCUGUUUGAUGGCGGCGGAGGCCAUGGUGUUGGUGGGGGUGGGAUGGGGUGGGAAACGUCGCGGAUCGUCAAGGAGAUGCUCGCGUCCACGAAUUUCUACUCGGAUGAGCUGGUGCAGGUGAAAUUACAACGUUGGUCGAGCGGGCGCGUUGUUCUCGUUGGCGAUGCCGCGUGGGCGCCUACCCCGUUCACGGGCGAGGGCAAUCAGUUGGCUAUCCUGGGCGCGUGGGUCCUGGCGCAGGAAAUCGUGCGGAAUUCGCAUGACCCUGACCCGGUGGACGCUUUUGGGAGGUACGAGGCGAGGUUGAGAGGGAUGGGCGCCGUAUAUUUUUGCGCCCAAUACGAGGUUGGGGAUUUGGUUGUUUAG